AUGCUCAAGUCGCUUGACUUCCAAGAGCGCAUGGGCCUGGUCACCCGGACCAUCGCACGCGCGUCGAGCGACCUCUGGCACUUCAUGUUGUUAUUCCUCCUGGUGCUAUACGGCUACUCCGUGGUGGGACACAUGCUGUUCGGUCAUCAGUACGAGGCGAGUAGAAGAGGGAUGAAGGACAUGUCGACGACGUGCCUGACGCUGUUGAUCUUCCUGCUCAGUCUCGACACGACUCAGUUCUACGCAUCGAUGUCGCACGCGGCUCCGGACGGAGCGUUUCACAUCUUCCUGUGGUCUUAUCUAUUCAUCGCGUUUUUCAUCCUGCUCAACGUGUUCCUCGCCAUCUUAGUGGACUCGUACGCCAAGGUCAAGGAAGAGACUGAGGGGACAACCGGGCUGGUGGAGGACUUGCUGGAGACUGUCUGGCAUGGACUGAGGCAGGUGCUGAGAACGCAGCAGUUCGUGUCGAACCAGAUGCUAGAGCAAGCUCUGAUAAGAGAGCGAGAGACUCUGACGUCGAAAGAGAGCCAACGUCGCGCUCGAUGCUGCGACCUGAGGGAAGUAGAGGAGAAGACAACGCAUGUGAUCGAUGAUCUCGAGGAUCUAGCGGAGGAGAAUGCGGUCGAGGUUUUGCCAGCUGACGGCCAGCUGAUGUGA